GGAGAGAGAGAGAGAAAGAGAGAGGCGGAGGAGAGCGUUCUUCUUGUUUCUCUCUUUCAAUCCUCCUCCCUCGCCUCCCAGCUCCCGGCGCGGAGAGAUCGAUCGAGAAUGCCGCCGGAAGCUCCAUCCCUGGCUAUGGCGAUGCCCGAGCUCGAGCAAGAGGCGCGGCUGCUGCAUGGAGGGGGCGGCGGCGGCGGGGGCGAUGGGCAAGGUAAGCAGCAGUGGAAGAAGCAGCAGGGAUGGAGGCGGCGGAUCUUUGUCCAGACGGACAACGGCAGCGUGCUGGGGAUGGAGGUCCACCGCAGCGACAAGGUCCAGUCGAUCAAGAAGAAGAUCCAGGCGGUGCUGCGCAUCUCCACGGAGAACAGCGAUCUUUCUUUCGGGGAUCACGUCCUCGAGGACGACGUGAGCGAGCUGCGCUGCGACUCGCCCGUGCUGCUGGCGCGCAGCAGCACCAUCCACCGGAGCUUCUCCACGCCGUGCCUCUGCCCGUCCAAGAAAGAGAGCAAUGCGGCAAUCUUUCUCGGGGGGGAGGAGGAGGAGGAGGACAGCCGCGGGCCGUUCGAGAUCGUGGGCGGAUGGAGCUGCUGCGCCAGGAUCAAGCGCCUCAUCCAGGAGAGCUGCGCCGGGAUCGAGCGUGGCGUGGAGCCGCUCCCAGCGCAGGGAGGACUGGGAGGAGCCUACUACUUCCGAGACCGCCACGGCAAGAAGAUCGCCAUCGUCAAGCCAGCGGACGAGGAGCCACUGGCGCCCAACAAUCCGCGAGGAUUCGUGGGCCGCCGCCUCGGACAGGCGGGGCUCAGUCGAUCCAUCCGCGUCGGCGAGACUGGCAUUCGCGAGGUGGCCGCGUAUCUCCUGGAUCACGGCCACUUCGCCCAGGUGCCGGCCACUGUUCUUGUCAAGGCCGUGCAUCCCAUCUUCCACAUCAACUCGGCGUGGAGUCGGUCCGGGAGCAAGCUCGCCAAGAUUGGAUCGUUCCAGGAGUUCGUGGAGCACGACUACGAGGCCAGCGAAUGCGGCUGCUCGCGCUUCCCGGCCUCGGCAGUCCACCGCGUGGGAAUCCUCGACGUCCGGCUCUUCAACACGGAUCGCCAUGCCGGGAACAUCCUCGUCCGCCACAACACCGCCGCCGCGGCCACCACCAACAUGUGUAACUCGGUGGAGCUCAUCCCAAUCGAUCACGGCCUAUGCCUCCCGGAGAGCAUCGAAGAUCCAUACUUUGAGUGGCUGCAUUGGCCGCAGGCUUCCUUCCCGUUCUCCGAGGAGGAGCUCGACUACAUCCGGGUGUUGGAUCCGGCCAAGGACGCGGACAUGCUGAGGAAGCAGCUCCCCAUGCUCAAGGAAGCGUGCAUCCGGAUGAUGAUCCUGUGCACGAGCUUCCUGAAGCGAGCGGCCGAGGCCGGGCUGUGCCUGGCGGAAGUCGGGUCGAUGAUGAGCAGGGAGCUGGACGACAGUGGCGAGACGUGCAGCAGCGAGCUGGAGAAGAUGUGUACAGUGGCCAGAGAUCAGGCGGCACAGGAGUCAGCGCUAGCCGGAUCGCAAUUGGUGACGGACGAGUCCGAGAACGAGAAGGGUGGCGGACAUGAAGAAGAUGACGACGACGAGGAACAGGUGUUUGAGAUCGACAUGGACGAGCAGCAGCAGCAGCAGUUGCAGCUAAUCUCUCCAUCGCGAGCUGCUAGCGACGCGAAGAACUCGCCACGAACUUCGCCAGUGAAGAAGCAGCUCUUCCGGUCGGUGUCCGAGAUGCAGCCAGUGAGAGAGGAGGAGGAGGAAGACGAUGGCGAUGGUGAGGACGAUGACGAUGACGAUCUCGAUCUCGGCCUGGAUCGAUCCAGAGGCUGCUGCUCCAGCUGCGUCACCACACCCAGCAGCAGCAUCGGUCGAAUGAACUUUAAGAAGAAGAAAGCCAAGAAGAAGCGAGCCUCCUCCAAGGGGUUUGCAUCGGCGUCCGCGCACAAGCGCAGCACUGCCCGGCCGGCGGAGACGUCCUUGGCCCUGUCGAGCCUGUGCGACAGGGAAUGGAACGCUUUCAUGCGAUGCUUCCACAGCGUUUGUGGCCAAGUUUUGGAGCGACACAACGCGGAGAAGGGGAGCGCGAUGAUCCGGCUACAGCAGAUGAGACUGGGAACGUCGUGCCAGUUCUAGGUAGAGGCUAUAGGCAGCUAGCUAGCUCGCUCGCUCGCUUGGCGUGGAAAAGGAGCGCUAUCUUUUGUUACAGAGACAAAGGAGUGGCUUGUACAAUUUUGUAAAUGAAGAAGCAGUCAGUUAGAGCCGUUAGAUCGGGAUCGGAUGGCCCGGAUCUCCUCCUCUGGUUUCGUGACAACGAUGACCAUGACAGGAUAUGCGAUACUUUAACAGGAAGAUCUUUUUGACAGGCGUUGCGCGGCGGCCAAGGAUUCGCCAGCUCCUUUGGCAAGUGCCCUCAACACUGCCCAGGGCUGGUUUGCUAUAAAUCGCGAGCCCAAUGUAGCAUACUACCAGGGGCGCCAUCUUUGUAGAGCGAGCAUUUGUAUUCUUGUUAAGGUUUGUCCUAAACAUUGCAACGAA